AUGAAAGCCCAAAGGCUGAUAAACCCAAAGCAGAUGAGGAGUGUGAUGAGAAUGAGGAAGAUAAAGACUAUCACAGGAGUGACCCACAGAUUGCUAUCUGCCUAGACUGCUUACGCAACAAUGGGCAGUCAGGAGAUAACGUAGUCAAAGGUUUAAUGAAGAAAUUUAUCCGCUGUUCUACUCGAGUGACCGUGGGAACAAUCAAAAAAUUUCUCAGCUUAAAGUUAAAACUUCCAAGUUCUUAUGAGCUGGAUGUACUAUGCAAUGGAGAGAUCAUGGGGAAGGAUCAUACUAUGGAAUUCAUCUAUAUGACGAGAUGGAGACUAAGAGGCGAAAACUUUCGGUGUCAGAACUGCUCAUCUUCGCAAGUCUGCUCACAGGAUGGCACUUUUUAUCAGUCUUACCCUAUGGUACUUCAGUAUCGACCUAGAAUUGACUUCGGGUAGACCAAAGGGCCAGAUCCCACUGAGACGAAUCCUGCACUAUUUGUUUACCCAUCGACAGAUUGCACAAUGAAUGGAUGUGCCUGGAUUAGGGGGACACAACCAGAUUUUCAGCAUGCAAAUAAGGACAUUGUCUUUCUUAAAACUGUCAGUUGCAUCUCUGUUGUUCCUAUUAGAGCAAGCCAAGUGCCAUUCUGCUACUGAAACGUGCAUAAGAUAUUUGUGUAUCUUACGAGUGUGCUGCAAAUCAUAGCCAAAAUCAUGAAGUGUACAGUCAAGAUUCAAAAACUAUGGAAUAUUUUUGCUUGCGUGUUAGAAAAUUUUUCUGGUCCUAAUACUGAUUACACUAGCAAAAUGGCAGAGUGCUCAUUCCAUGUGGUGUUGCAGUUUCACAGACUUACUAUUUUACUGAAUAUUGUUGUUUAAAUCAUAGAGUACUGUACAAAUACCUAAGGAUUAUACCUUGAAAAUAUUUUGUAUAGAAAAUAUAUUUAGAAGAGUGGUGAUUGGGCCACUACAUUUUUCUUGAUAAGCUUCUCAUGGGUCUAGGUAUAGCUCACUCAUGAGUGUGCAACAGUCCUUUUGCAGUGAAUGAAGAUUAAUUACCUUUAACAGGAGAUAUAGGACAUGGUAGUUCAAGACAGUAAUUUUAAAUCUUCUAAAGAGAUUCUGCUAAUGUUGCUUAAAAGCAUCGCAGCCUUUGUGUUUGCACUUUUCUAUGGUUUCCCUAAAGAUUGGAAUUUGGGAUACUAGCUAUUUUUGGAAAAUGCUUCUGGUCAGAUUACAUUUCUUCUAAUAAAGCCUCCAUAAACA